AUUAGCAUCUCUCUCUCUCUCUCUCUCUCUGUGUUUCUGUUUCCUUUUCAUUACUUCGAACUUCGAAUUCAACUACACGCAUAAGAAUUUUCCCCCAACGAACACCAAAACCUUACUAAACACGUCGUCUCGUAUUCUUUUGCUCCGACCAACAACCGAUUCAGUUUUGAUCAAAACAAACAUGCUCUCUGGUUUUUGACUUCGAUUUCUUUCUUAUAUAUAUAUAUAUAUAUUUUUUUUUUGAUCCGAUAAACCUUGUAAAUUCAACAUGUCGGGUCCACUAGAUCGCUUCGCAAGGCCUUGCUUUGAGGGGUUUUCUGGGGGCCAUGACGAAAGAAAAGAACGGAAAUCCGAUUUUGAAAACUCUGAGGAUGACAAGAGGACUAGAAUUGCGAGUCUAAAGAAGAAAGCAAUCAAUGCAUCCAGCAAAUUCAGACACUCUCUUAAGAAGAAGAGGAGCCGGAAGAAGAGUGGCGUGUCGAUUGAGGAUGUUCGGGACGCUGGGGAGCUGCAGGUUGUAGAUGCAUUUCGACAGGCACUUAUCUUGGAGGAAUUGCUUCCUCCAAGACACGAUGAUUACCACAUGUUGUUGAGAUUCUUGAAAGCAAGGAGGUUUGACAUUGAGAAAGCAAAGCAAAUGUGGGCUAACAUGAUUCAAUGGAGGAAAGACUUUGGUACGGACACAAUUUUGGAGGAUUUUGAGUUUACUGAGUUAAAUGAAGUUCUACAACACUACCCUCAGGGUUAUCACGGUGUGGAUAAGGAGGGAAGACCCAUAUACAUUGAGAGAUUGGGAAAAAUUGAUCCUAACAAGCUUAUGCAAGUGACUACUUUGGAACGGUAUUUGAGAUACCAUGUGCAGGGUUUUGAACGAUGUUUUAUAAUUAAGUUUCCAGCUUGCUCAAUAGCUGCAAAGAGACACAUUGAUUCAAGUACAACAAUAUUAGAUGCUCAAGGCAUUGGUUUUAAAAACCUAACCAAGACUGCACGAGAACUCAUCAUGCGGCUGCAGAAGAUUGAUAAUGACAACUAUCCUGAAACACUUUACCGGAUGUUUAUAAUUAAUGCUGGCCCUGGUUUUAAGCUUCUAUGGAAUACGGUGAAAACUUUUCUUGAUCCCAGAACAACUACAAAGAUUCAUGUCCUUGGGAACAAGUACCAGAGCAAAUUACUUGAAAUAAUUGAUUCAAGUGAGUUGCCAGAUUUUCUGGGUGGUAGCUGUACCUGUGCAGAUCAGGGAGGUUGCAUGAGGUCAGAUAAAGGGCCAUGGCAAGAUCCAGACAUAUUAAAGAUGGUUCUUAAUGGUGAAGCCCUCUGUUCUAGACAAAUAGUAACAGUUUCAACCAAUGAGGGAGGGGUAGUUGCUAGUGACAAGCCACAUUAUCCAAUGAGAAGAUAUAGUGACACGUCUACUGCAGAUUCAGGAUCUGAAGUAGAAGAAAUUACUUCUCCCAAAGCAAAUAGGGGUUAUUUACAACCAAGGUUGACUCCUGUCCGUGAAGAAGCUAGGGUCGCUGGUAAGGGGCGUAUUGCUGGUGGCUUCUUGGAGUAUGAUGAAUACGUUCCCAUGAUUGACAAGGCAGUGGAUGUGGGAUGUGAGAAACAAGUCUCGCGUGCAGAGCCAUAUGCUUCCAGAGGGACACCCUCUCUGCCAAGUAUGGAAAAGAGCCCAGAAGGAAUUUUCACUCGCUUCUGGGCUGCACUGGUGGUCUUCUUUGUUACCCUCUUUACUCUAGUACAUUCCAAGGCAUUUCAGGUGACUAAGAGACUUCCUGACACUGUGCCUGAUAAUUCCUGCAACAUUCCUGAUUUGACUGUUCAAUCAAAUCCCAAGGAGGAUUACCGCCCCCCUUCACCUGCUCCAGGGUUUACAGAGGCAGAACUCCUCUCAUCUGCUUUGAAAAAGUUGGGUGAGCUUGAGGAGAAAGUAGACAUGCUACAGGCAAAGCCAUUUGAGAUGCCUUAUGAGAAAGCGGAGUUGUUGAACGCUGCUGUUUGCCGUGUGGAUGCAUUGGAAGCAGAGUUAAUUGCAACAAAAAAGGCUUUGCAUGAAGCUUUAAUGAGGCAGGAAGAACUUCUAGCAUACAUAGACAGACAGGAAGAAGCCAAGUUAAGGAAAAAGAAAUUUCUUUGCUGGUGAAUAAGAGAUUCGUGCAGUGUGGUGGUAUGUUGGUACUACUUGAUUUGUAUGCUUGUAUAUUCACACAAUAGUUUGUCUUCCUGAGUGAUGUUUACAUAAAUAAAGAAUUUUGUAAUUAAAAAUAGCCACUAUCACCUUUUGAGCUUUUCUCGCAUAUGUUCAAGUUAUGUUUCUGGUGUGCGUGAGUAUGCACAUGCACAUGCGCGUCAAGCAAUCACUUUGAUGGAUCUAAUCCUGAGUUGUGUAACCUUAUGUUGAGUGGGGAAGUGAGGAAAAAGAACUGGUCUGUGGCUUUAAAUUAAGUAAUUAUAUUGUAGCAGAAUAUACAUAUAAGUUAUUUGAAUGAAGACGUUUCCUUUGUCUUGCU